AUGGUUGUACUGGCCGCAUCAAUUAUUACCCGUGGGGGAAAGCCGUUGGUAUCACGUCAAUUCCGGGAUUUGACGAAAGAUCGAGUGACAGAGCUUCUUUCGAAAUUUCAAGGCUUGGUCGCGAACUCUUCUUCACAGCACACGUUUGUCGAAGACGAGCAUGUAAGAUACGUCUACAAGCCAUUCGAUGACUACUACAUUAUUUUGAUCACGAACAGACAGUCGAACAUAAUCCAGGAUCUUGACACGCUGAAGAUUUUUGCGCAAAGCAUGAACACGUACCUGAAUGGCUACGACGAAAACGAGAUCUUUGAGAGUGCCUUCGAGAUUGUGAGCGCGUUUGACGAAGUUAUAACGAUGGGUUACAAGGAGAACUUGUCAAUGACCCAGAUCAACACUUAUCUUGCGAUGGAAUCGCACGAGGAAAAAAUCCAGGAGAUCAUUGAGCGUAACAAGGAGUUCGAGGCUGCUGAAGAACGUAAGCGUCGUGCCAAGGAAAUUUCGCGCAGAGAACACGAGCGAAAGCUGGGCAUGCCAUUGUCAGCCAUUGAGGCUGGCAAUCGCUUCCAGGCUUCCAAUGAUCCCAAUCUUUCGAAUGCUUACAACAGUUACUACAGCAAUGCAUCGCCUGCGGCACAGCAGUCGUACUACAGCUCACAGCACAAAACCGGCAUUACAGAAGAAUCUUUGGCUGAACCAGUGCCACCUGUCCCACAUGCAGGCGCAAUUGGCGGCAGGGGUAUGAGUCUGGGCGGUGGUCGGAGAAAUCCAAUUGCGGUCGCCUCCCAAAGACAAUCGCGGGUAAGUACCGCUCCGUCUCCGCCUUUGUUCCAGGAAACUGAAGACGAGAAACCCACUAACAACGGUAUUCUUGUUACAGUCAAGGAGUCGAUUAGUGCGGAACUAACCAGAGACGGCACCAUUGCCAGUUCAGAGUUGAAGGGUAGUUUGGAUCUACGGAUCAAUUCACAAGAACUUGCGCACUCCAAAAUUUUGCUAGACCCGAAAGUUGACGUCAAGGACAAAUCUUACCAGUUCAAGACGCAUCCAAACAUCGACAAAAACCUCUUUUUGUCUUCCAACGUUGUUGGCCUCAGGGAUCAGAAAAAGGCUUUCCCUUUCAACGACCAGACGUUAGCUGUGCUGAGGUGGCGCAAAGUUGGCGCUGCCGACGACAAUUCGCUCAUUCCGCUGGAAGUCUCUACUUGGGUGUCUCCUUCAGAUUCCGAGGAAGGCGUUUUCGACGUUACCUUAGAGUUUGAGAUUAACGCCAACUAUGGGCAAGCUCUCAAAGACCUGCGCUUUGUCAUUCCCGUCGCUACAGAAAAGGCUCGCAUAAAUGACGACACUAAUGAUGUGAACGCCGAAAUUGAAAGCGCUGACGAAGAAAACGGCAUCAUGGUUAAAGUUGGGCAACUAGAUGCCGGAAUUUCUGGAGUUGUCGGUUUAAUAAUCGAGGCUGGUUAUGAAGAAGCCUUAUUCCCCAUGAGCAUAUUUUUCAAGAGUUCUGGCGCGGAAAAGGCAAUUUCAGGAAUUAGCGUCGCAAAUGUCAAGAGUUCUAGAGAAGAUGCUACCUCAUUGCCAUUUGAUAGCCAAGCGACUCUUAAAACUGAAGAAUAUCUGUUAACAUAG